UGUAAAGUUGCGACCAUACCUAUCGACUUUUUCCUAUAGCCCUCUUCCCAGCUCAAUAUGUAUGAGCUGAUUGAAGCCAAUGCCUGGGUGGCAUUAAGGCUACCUUCAGACAGCAUCAAAGUUCUUCAAGUAGCACCAAACACGACGAUAUCUCUAGGGAAAUAUGGCUCAUUCCCAAGCAAUCUAAUCAUCGAGCGUCCAUAUCAUGUUACGUACGAACUUGAAGACAAGCGACCCGAUGAAUCCUUUCACCGAAUACGUAUCGUCCCGCACACGGAGCUGUACGCCGACACGGUAGCCGAAGAAGCUGCCGGUGUGGAUGCCGAGUCUGGCACGCCACUGCUUGCCGAGGAAGAUGUCGAAUAUACUGUUGUUGAUACGGGCAAGGAUGAGGUAGUCGCACGAUCUACUCAGGAGUUCAUAGACGAGGAUGCGCGGCAAACUCUCACCAUGGAGGAGAUCGAGGCGCUGAAGCGCGAGGGCGCUGGCGCAGGCAAGGAGCUCAUCACCAAGCUCAUGCUACGCCACACGGCUCUGGAUCUCAAGACCCAGUUCUCGCUUUCCAAGUACAAGCUGCUCAAGACGCGCAAGUACAUUCGGCGUUUCACGGUUCUGCCGUACGACCCCAUCCAGAUGGGUCAGUACCUGCUUGAGGACAAGGAGGCGGGUAACAAGAUCAUGGAGAUGCGCGACGAGAUGACUGCUCUAUUGGCAUGCUGGGCCAAUGUUCAUUACGGCGGCCCUGGCGAUGAUGCCCCUGGGUCUAUCGACACGACUGAUCCUGUUGAUCUCCCGGCGGAUUAUGACCAGACAGUACGAGAGAGGUGGGAACAGGGCGAGAAGCAAACAUUGCCGGAAGCUGGUCGGUGGCUUGUCGUUGAUGAUACGGGUGGCCUGCUGGUCGCUUCUCUUGCUGAGAAGAUGGGUAUCCUGUACCCCAAAAAGGGUGAGGAGACAAGCGCCGAAGCUGCUGAAAAGCCGAUGCAAAAUGGCAAUCAGGAGUCUUUGUCAGAAGACAAGAUGGAGAUUGAUACUACCGACAAUGGGGUGAUAUCCUCAGAAAACGUCCAGGCAGAAUACUCCGUCGAUACGACAGAGGAAACAGCCACGGAAAAUGGAGCUUCGUCAAAGGCCAACAAGCCCAUACGUCCAAAACUAAAACGGCCACAUGAUUUUCAGGUGCCAUUUUCCACAUCAAACACCAUUACACUUGUGCACCAAAACUCACAAGCCAACCUUUCCUAUCUACGGCAAUAUGGAUAUGAUGUCACGAACCCGAAUCACCCACCACACCCCCUCCUACCACAUUUACUUACAUUGACAUGGCUUCAACUCAUAUACCCUGAGGCCGAUACGACAUAUUCGACACCACCGCCCAUAGUCCCGCCCGAGGACAUAGCUUCGUGGAAAGCCAACAGGCGCGGGAACUACCACCGCAAGCGCAGAAGAUGGGCACGAAUCCGCCACAUAGUCGAGACCGCCCGCGGCGGUAACUUUUCCGGUCUGGUUGUUGCAAGCUCCAUGGAUCCGAUCUCAAUCCUGCGACAUGCGCUUCCAUUGCUGGCUGGUGGAGCCCCUGUGGCCGUUUACUCGCCAACCCUGGAGCCGCUGACGAAGUUGGCAGACUGCUAUAGUGUAGCAAGGCGAGGUGCUUGGAUGUCAUGCGCCGACGAGGAGGAGAAGCAGGAACCAGAAGGGGGCGCCGAGACUUCGGCCUCUGCUACACCUGGGCCGCCCAAGCUGGUGCGCAAGGAGGGUACAGACGAAUUUCCAGUCAACCCAACCUUGCUGCUGGGUGUGAGCAUACAGACAAGCAGGGUGCGCAAGUGGCAGGUGUUGCCGAACAGAACGCAUCCAUUGAUGACAUCUCGGGGUGGCGCUGAAGGCUAUGUGUUGACGGGCUGGCGUGCUGUGCCCGCCGAGGGCAAGGUAGAGGCAAGGGGUAAAUUUGUGAAGAAGCAAAAGAGAGAAGCCUAGUUCGGGAUUUGGCAUUUGAUCAACUUAAUUUUCAUUUUCAGAUACCCCUCAUGGAUGUUACCGCAAACAUGCUAAAUGAAAACAUGGGUGAAUGUCAUGUAAGAAUACAAAGAUUGGCCAACCUGGAAUUCUGCAUUCCGUUUAUGCUGAUUGUUUGCAAUAUUUACACCGCGUAGACCAUCAUUCCCAGCC